AUGGAUGAUUUUCGAUUUGGGUUGCCAUCAUUUUUAAACAUAAUUGAUGGAAACAAGACGGAAAUGAUCAACAUAACACUAUCGGAAGAAGGAAACUCCACAAAAUAUUUGUCGUUCCGUCUUUCUCCUUACUCACGAUUAGGAAACCAUAUAUUCGAGUUGUCCGCUCUCCUUGGGGUAUCUCGAUUACUGAAACGUACUCCCUUAUUUUAUAUGAAUAGCAAGUGGUCUCCUAAAAUGUUGAAGGCUACCAAAGAUGCUAUCCCAGGAAUUUUCAAACAUAUCGUGGUGGUUAAUGAUACGGUCCCACCCAAAGCUCGAAGCACUUUCUUCAACGAGAGAUGUUGUGUGUACGAAGAUCCAAGAAUCUUACUGAGCAUAGACGAUCAGUAUUUGCACCUCACUGGAAUUUACUUUCAAAGCUACAAAUAUUUUCAAGGAAUGCGGAAAGAGUUGACUAGUUAUUUGAAGGAGGCGAACAUCUCAAACUUACCGGAAUCGGAUAAAAACACUUUUGUAACUUGCCUGCAUAUUCGAAGAGGUGACUUUCUAAAGUAUGGACUUGCUGCGUCGGACGCAGUCUCUACUAAAACUGCACUGGAAUUUAUCGAGAAGAGAGAAGAAAAAAGUAAGAAGUCACGGAAAGUCACCAUUAUUUUUGGAGAUGAUCUAAAUUUUAUGAAAAGUGUGUACAACGAUUCAGUGACUUCGAAUGAGCAACAAGGGCAGAGCGCUACUCAUUUCAUUUCUCAAAACUCACCGUCGGACGAUUUGGUGUACUCGAAAAAUAAUUGUGACGUGGUUUUUAUAAGUGCUCCUCAUUCAACGUUCGGCUGGUGGAUGGGAUACUUUUCGAAAGGAGACAAGGUGUAUUACAUGGAUAUUCGUGCCACAAAUGAUAAGUCUUAUAUAACUGGAGAUCUGCAUGAAUUGGAUUAUUAUUUACCUCACUGGAUACCUCUCCGACUUUCAGCAGAUAAUAAAACUAUCAUACAGAGCACUCGAAUGAUAUAA